AUGACCCGGUUCAUGGUUCUGCCGAGGUUCUCUUCUGUUUUGGACCGCGCAAUCAAUGAGGCAGAUGUCCGCUUCAAGUCGGCAUGCAAGGUGGCUCUGUUGUUCAAAGAACGUUUCUGGGAGAAAGGCGAGCCCCAAAUAUUCGGUGGAUACUCGAAGCCUUCCAGCGAUCUCGUUGGAGCUCUUUAUUAUCCCGUGUAUGGGUUGAAUAAAUCACGUCCCGGUCUGAUCAUGCACUGCCGAGGGGGUGACUGGAGCGAUCGUUUUGCCCGUGAGCUCUACACUGGUGACUAUGAGCGUCUCUGCUGGCUUCAGGACCAGCACACCGCGUCUUCGUGGUGCCGCCCAGACAUAGAGCAACACAAGCUCUAUAUUCCAGCAUACCACAACACUGAACACAACACCAUUUUCAUUGGAGAGCACACUGCUCCUACGCAUGCCUGGCUGAGCUCUUCAUUGCACUCUUCUGUUCGUGGAUCAAUUUAA